AUAUGGUAUGAAGUCGCUCGGUUUGUCUAAAUCAUUAUGCAAAGGACUGUAGUAUAACCACUCCACGCUCCCAACAACUCAACAUGACGGAAUAUGACUAUCUUUUCAAGGUUGUUCUAAUUGGCGACUCUGGAGUCGCUCACUGUAACCUUCUGUCUCGAUUCACUCGGAAUGAAUUCAACAUGGAGUCCAAAUCAACAAUCGGUGUCGAGUUCGCGACCCGCUCGAUCAAUGUCGACGCCAAGACGGUGAAAGCGCAGAUAUGGGAUACUGCAGGUCAAGAGCGUUACCGCGCGAUCACCUCUGCGUACUACCGCGGUGCUGUUGGUGCUUUGUUGGUGUACGAUAUCGCUAAGCACGCAACGUACGUCAACGUAACGCGGUGGUUGAAAGAGCUCCGGGAUCAUGCAGACUCCAACAUCGUUAUAAUGCUGGUUGGGAAUAAGAGUGACUUAAAGCACUUGAGGGCUGUUCCUACCGAGGAGGCAAAGUCUUUUGCAGCGGAGAACGAACUUUCGUUUAUCGAGACUUCGGCUCUGGACGCAUCAAAUGUCGAGUCCGCUUUCCAAACCAUCUUAACAGAUAUCUACCGGAUCGUCUCGAGCAAGUCGCUUGAGCAGUCUGCUGACCCUAUCAAGGGACCCACUAGUGACACUAUCCCUGUAGCGAUUGACUCUUCCACGCCCGCAGCUGGUAGCAAAUGUUGUUAGAUGCGCGGAUAGAGUUGCUGUUAUGUUUCGUCACUGUAGCACUCAGGCGGCUGUGUCUGUAGUAUAGUUUCUUUCCUUCGUCCUCUAAACAAGUUAUGCAUAUGUGCACAAGGAUUGGGGUAAGAAACACAAGUCAUGGAGUCCGUUUUGCUAAUGACUUAUAACAAUCUUUGUGUUGGUUUUGUCCACUAGGGUUUGGUGGAUGUCGUAUAAUACCCAUAUCAUUCUAUGAAAUAUUUAAUUUAUGCCGUGCGGCGUGGAUAGCCCA